CUGUCAGAGGCCCCUAUCCCUCAGGUGCGACAAGGGCAGAUCCUCGUCAAGGUUGGCGCUGCAGGGGUAAAUCGAAUGGAUCUGAUGCAGAAAGCUGGCAAGUACCCCCCACCCCAAGGAGCUACAGAUAUCCUUGGACCUGAGGCUGCGGGAGUCGUUGUUUCUGGAAGCACCUUCCCUUAUGGAACUCCUGUUGCUUGCCUCCUUCCAGGAGGCGGAUAUGCGGAAUACGUUGCUGCAAGCCCUGAACUAUGCUUCCCCAUUCCCAGUAACCUUACAGUCGAAGAGGCGGCAUGCAUUCCAGAGAACUGGAUUACCGCCUAUCAGUUGCUGCAAGAAGUAGGAGGCUUAACGGACUUUCCAGCGAACGGAGGGAAACCAUCAGGAGUAAAGAGCAUCCUUGUGUAUGCAGCCGCAUCGGGGGUUGGCGUGGCUCUCCUGCAGAUUAUUCGGGCUUUCCUGCCGGGAGCGAAGGUGCUUGCCGUCGCAGGGACACCGGAGAAACUGCAGUGCGCUGAAAACCUCGGCGCGGCGGUUUCCUUGAACUACAAGCUGUUGGGAGACACCCUGGGUGACGAAGCACUAAAACGCACCGACGGACAAGGCGUGGACCUUGUCCUCGACUGCGUGGGGGCUUCUCUCUGGGAGCAAACUGUAAAAGCACUGCGUGUGGACGGCACAUGGAUCUUAUACGGCAGCCUAGGGGGGCAUCGUCUGUCGUUCUCCUUGGCGAGUUUGCUGCAAAAGCGGCUACGACUCCUAUCCACGACCUUGCGGAGCCGCAGUGAGAGCUACCAGAAAGAACUUGUCGCGAACUUUAAGCAAGACAUUCUCCCAAAACUCGCAGACGGGACACUUAAGGUCGUUGUUGACCGCACAUUCGGCGCGGAAGAGGCGGAAGAGGCGCACCAACGUCUUCAGGAGUCCGCAAACAUUGGCAAAGUCGUCAUUAUUUUGGACCGCGCCAUUGCAAGCUUGCACGGAACGCCUUAA